ACCUUCAACUGACGUAGGAAUCUUACAACAGAAGCAAGCACACAGCGCAUCGAACCAUCUGCAGGAACCUUUCUGACCCUCUGCUACCACGGGGCUCGGCCGCUGUCAGGAUGGGCUGGGUGAGCGCGUUCUUGCUCCUCGUGGUCAUUGGGAAAGUUUGGACCAUUUGCCAAAUACCCCCAUCCAGAUCCGGGGGACCGCAGAGUGAUCUGAGCCGAGCCAAGCAGGCCGAUACAAUCGUCUAUGGCAAGGUGUUGGCCAUCUACAAGGAUGCCCACAGCGGGAUCAGGCACUACUUCACGCCAAACACGUAUUCGGCGGAAGUGCAAUUGUUGUGUAACCCAUCUUCACACAGUUCGAAGUUGGGGGCGACUGGGUCCAGGUUUAACCUGACUAGACUGGGCCACGUCUUCUGUCGCCUCUACUCCGCCGAAGUCAUUGAAAACAACAGCUAUUAUUUCUUCAUCAGGAAUAAUGAAAAUGGCAAGUUUGAGCUGGAUGCUGUCGAUAAUGCUGCUCCAAUUUUCCCUGACACGUCCAAAAACAAGCAGAUGUUCACUAGCCACUUCCAGUUCUCAAACUGUGCCAGCGGCACCAAUCUUCGGACCUGCUCACCCGAGUGGGAACCGCAAGUGGUCGAUCUGUCCCACUGCAGAAAAUUGCGGAGGGCCCUUUACAAGAAGGAAGAGCUGGUGCGGAUGCUCAAGCAGAAUGUGGUGUCUCUGAAGAAGUCCAACAACUAUCUGCAUGGGAAGUUGAUGGGAACUCAACACUUAUUCAGGCAGAUGAAGAAACAGAACAAGCUGUUGAAACAGCAGCUGAACAUGGGAAGAGGAAAGUUGAACGCAAACUGAUCCUUAAACCAGUCAAGAAACCAGUGAGCCACAAUCUGUAACGUUCCAGACUCACUGGUUGUAACGGUCUGUAAGUUAGAGAUGAAAUGCUUCCAUGCAUUUCACAUGGAAACACACGGAAACUGCCUACUCUUUAACAGCAAUCUAUUCUCAGUAACAUUGUAGUUGUGUCAACUAGAAAAAUAUAGUUGUGUAGCUUGGCUUUCACAUUUGCGUUAUAUUUCUCAGCCAAUUUAAGUUUAUUUUCUGUUUACUGCAAGAGUAAUUGUGUUUAGAUAGAAGCAAGUUGAAACGGGCAUGGGACCCAAUGCAGAGAACUGGUGGAAACUUCCCUACAGUGAUUGGCAAGUUGACAAAACUUUGGCAAGAUUCCACAGGGAAACAAUGUUAACAAUAAAACAGUCUGGAACGCUCAUUAAGCAGGUAAAAACCCCUCAGGCCUUUCAUUAAUACUGAGUCCAUUGCUAAUUAUGCUGUAAUUUGGUUUAACUGCAUUGAAAGAUUUCACGGAUUGCUGGACUAACUCAGGGGGCCAGGCAGCAUCUCAGGAGAACAUGGAUAGGUGACGUUCCAGAACUGAAACAUCACCUGUCCAUGUCACCUGACAUGUUGCCUGACCCACUCAGCUACUCCAGCACUCCGGCUUUUCAGCAAACCAGCAUUUGCAGUUCCUUAUUUCUUUAUUUAAAGAUUGUUUUUUUUCCAUAUAUAAAUAGUUAAUUUGAAUCACCAUCACCAGCAGUCCAUUUUAUAAAGUUAGUGUUCAGCCAUCCAGGACCACUUUCCAUUAAGAGUUUGCAAUGUUUUUAAUCACAAUAUAUUUUGUUUAGCUGGAAUAGACUGUGGGAUGGUUUGUGAAUGUUGCUUCAUGCCAUGAUUAACCAAUAAAUAUAUAAUUUCUGUAGAACCACUCAUUAAACUCAGUAACUUGUGAGAAGAGUUUUAUUUUUCAGUUGUGAGAAUUUUGUUUGAUUUGCUGAAUGAUUUUUUAAUGUUUUUUUGCGCAUAUUUUGCACAGGUUUAAAAAUAUUACACAACAUAAUCUGUCGAAAUGUUCUAACAUUUAUUUUGUGGUACAGGUAUUUUGCUUUCAAAAUUUGCUCACUUCAGAUUCAUUAUCACAAAUUGAAUGGAGAAUAUUGGCGUGGGGGAGGUUCAAACUGUGGUAUGGCUUUAGCCACAUCAUAAACAGUAAGAUUCAUAUUCCUUACACCGUAAGCCCCUGCAUCAU